GACUGUGUUUGGUCCAAUGAGGGCUGUACCGAGGAUUCCGAGUGCUGUAGUAAGUCUUGUCAUACAGCCCACGAGGGGACCAACCCGCGGUGUCGGCACAGCACUCUCGGGGAGAAGUGUGUCUUUGAUUAUCAUAGAUAUUUGUCUUAUUACAGGACUUACUACUGUGCAGACUGCAAAUUUGAUACUGGUACAAUUCUCUGCAGUGUCUUAUUACAUGUCUUACUUAUUACAUGUCUUACUACUGUGCACACUGCAGAUCUGAUACUGGUACAAUUCUCUGCAGUGUCUUAUUACAUGUCUUACUACUGUGCAGACUGCUGA